CCUCUCUCCUCCCUCCCCCUCCCUCUGCGGUUUCUGCGGACCCCGCUGCGGCGGCGCCUGGAGACCCCGAGCUGCGGCGCCGGGCAUGCCCUCCUCUGUGAAGGCGUUGGGUCAGGCCCGGCCGUCGGGUGCGGGCAUGGCCCCCCAGACCCGCUGCUGCUCCCUGGCAGCCGUGCAGAGGCGGCUGCCCAUCCUGGCCUGGCUGCCCAACUACUCGCUGCGGUGGCUGAAGAUGGACUUGGUCGCGGGCCUCUCGGUCGGGCUCACGGUGGUUCCCCAGGCGCUGGCCUACGCGGAGGUGGCUGGACUCCCGCCCCAGUAUGGCCUCUACUCUGCCUUCAUGGGAUGCUUCGUGUAUUUCUUCUUGGGCACCUCCCGGGACGUGACGCUGGGCCCCACGGCCAUCAUGUCCCUUCUGGUCUCCUUCUACACUUUCCACGAGCCCGCCUACGCUGUGCUGCUCGCCUUCCUGUCCGGCUGCAUCCAACUAGCCAUGGGCUUCCUGCACUUGGGCUUCCUGCUGGACUUCAUCUCCUACCCCGUCAUCAAAGGCUUCACCUCCGCUGCCACUGUCACCAUCGGCUUCGGGCAGAUCAAGAACCUCCUGGGACUGCAGGAUAUCCCGAGGCAGUUUUUCCUGCAAGUGUAUCAGACGUUCCGCAAGGUCGGAGAGAUCAGGGCGGGUGAUGCAGUGCUGGGGCUGGUGUGCAUGCUGCUGCUGCUGGUGCUGAAGCUGAUGCGGGACCACGUGCCCCCCGUGCACCCCGAGAUGCCCCCGGGCGUGCGGCUCAGCCACGGGCUGGUUUGGACGGCCACCACAGGCCGCAACGCGCUGGUGGUCUCCUUUGCCGCCCUGGUCGCGUACUCCUUUGAGGUGACCGGAUACCAGCCUUUCAUUCUAACGGGGCAGACUGCCGAGGGGCUCCCUCCCGUCCGGAUUCCGCCCUUCUCCGUGACCACGGCCAACGGGACAGUUUCCUUCACCGAGAUGGUGCAGGACAUGGGGGCUGGGCUGGCCGUGGUGCCCCUCAUGGGUCUCCUGGAGAGCAUUGCGGUGGCCAAGUCCUUCGCUUCUCAAGGUGGUUACCGUGUCGACUCCAACCAGGAGCUGCUGGCCAUCGGCCUCACCAACGUGCUGGGCUCCCUCGUCUCUUCCUACCCGGUCACCGGCAGCUUUGGACGGACAGCUGUGAACGCCCAGUCGGGGGUGUGCACCCCGGCAGGGGGCCUGGUGACAGGCGUCCUGGUGCUGCUAUCGCUGGACUACCUGACCUCGUUGUUCUACUACAUCCCCAAGUCCGCGCUGGCGGCCGUCAUCAUCAUGGCUGUGGCCCCGCUGUUCGACACCAGGGUCUUUGGGACGCUGUGGCGCGUGAAGAGUGCAGUACGGCAUCCUGGCCGGGACCCUGGUGUCUGUGCUGAUCCUGCUGCACUCCGUGGCCAGACCCAAGAUGCAGGUGUCAGAGGGCCCGGUGCUGGUCCUGCAGCCGGCCAGCGGCCUGCAGUUCCCCGCGGUGGAGGCCCUCCGGGAGGCGAUCAUCACCCAGGCCCUGGAAGCAUCGCCCCCGCGCUCUGCCAUCCUGGAGUGCUCGCACGUCUGCAGCGUCGACUCCACCGUGGUGCUGGGGCUCGAGGAGCUGCUGGAGGAUUUCCACAGGCGCGGCGUCACCCUCGCCCUCGUCGGCCUGCAGAGCUGGUCUCCAUGGUUUCCCUCAGUGAGAAUGUAAACAGCCUCCCACUUCUAGCGCGGUGGAAAGCCAGUUUCUUCUCUCCGUUCUCCGGCGCGGAGGUUCCUGUCCUCCGUGUCCUGCUGUCCGCUGACCUGAAGGGUCUCCAGUACUUCUCCACCCUGGAAGAGGCAGAGAAGAGCCUGCUGCAAGAGCCGGGGACCCAGCCGUACAACGUUGGCGAGGACUCCGUUCCGGAGCACAAGGUCGCCCUGCUGAAGGCCUGAGGGGGGGCUGGUGCCCAUCUGAUGCCUGGGGAGUCCCGCAGAAGGUUCUGGGUGCUGUGAUGCCGGAUGCCGCCCUAUGAAUGCCUCGGUCCGGGCUCUGUGCAGGUGACCCCCGGGGGAGGAGGGAGCCGCGCAUCGGAUGCACGGUGGGACUCGCGCACUUCAUUCGGGGUGACUGGAAAGUCGUCUCCCUCUGUUCCUGGGCAUGAACCUUUUCCUGAAGGACAGUUUGCAAAGAGCCUUCUGGAACGACUGACCCAGUGGAGGGGGGAAGGAUUUCCACCUGGUUGGGGGACCGGGUCUUCACGCCCCAGCCCCUUCCCAGUUCCGGGGCGGCGGGGUCGGGCAGCGCCGAGGCGGUUCCAGUCUGGGUGGCGGCAUCUGCGCUGUUCUUGGGAAGGAAACCGAGAUGUGCCAAAUGACUUAACGUGUCUGUGAAAAGGAAUUUUGUUGUCAGUGUUUUUUAAAUUAAAAAAGCAAGAGCUUUGUUGUUUUUGUAAAAACCGUAAAUGCUUAUUGUAAAAUGUACUGGAAACCACCCCCCUGUCCACUUUGGUGGUCGCCCAGGCCCGUCCCCGUGGUGCGCGUGCUCGUCCGUGUCAGCGCGCGGGCCUGUGCUCCCAGCCACGUGUGGACGGGGUCAUGGCGUAUGCGGUGCUCUGUGACCACAGUUCCGUGCAGUCCUCACUGUGAAUUACUCCUUGUGAUAAUAAAUUGAGAAUACAUGGACUGUA